AAAAGGUUCAUGUCAUCAGUUUAAAGCUCCAGUGCUGGUGAUGAGCAUAUGAUAGGUGAAAAACGAAAAUAAAAAAUAAAAGAUUACGGUUGUCAGUAUUACUGGAGUGCCCAAUAAUGUGUUGGUUUCAUAUGUAAUUGUAAAGGGACCGUCCUCCUCCCUCACUGAUACUAGUAGCUUCAAUACCAGUAGUAGUAAAUUAGAGAGGAAAUGGCGUCUACUUCAUUUCUUCGCUUGUCCCCAAUUCUCCCCCCAAAGUCCCUGAUAAAACCCUAUCUUUUCUCUUCCUUAACUCCACCUUUACCCCUCUCUCUCAAGACCCCAUUAAAAACUACCCACCUUUCUCAAAAACCCACCACUUGCAUGUCCUACAAUCCAACUCCCGCAACAGAUCGUUUAAUCUCAGCCGUUGCUUACACUCUCCCCUUUUUCAAUUCGCUCCAAUACGGCCGUUUCCUUUUUACCCAAUACCCUUCUCUCGGUUUUCUAUUCGACCCUUUAAUUCCUCUCUUAAGCCUCUAUAGAUCAAUCCCCUAUUCUAGUUUUGUAGCUUUCUUUGCUCUCUACUUGGGUGUUGUUAGAAACCCUAGUUUUAGUCAUUAUGUUAGGUUUAAUUCAAUGCAAGCUGUCACCUUGGAUGUACUUUUGGUGAUUCCUUUGCUUUUGGCAAGGAUUUUUAAUCCUGGUCGAAGUGGCUUAGGGUUUAAGUUGAUGGUUUGGGGUCAUAAUGCUGUGUUUUUGUUUAGUUGUUUUUGUUUUGUUUAUGGGUUAGCGAGUUCUGUUUUGGGCAAGACUCCUUAUUUGCCGUUUGUUGGUGAAGCUGCUGGUAGGCAAAUUUAGUCAACUAGCAUAAACGAUUGGUCUUCUAAUGGUAUCUUCUCCAUGCGUACAAAACGAUUGAAGCACGAGGUACAAGUGGCUGAAGCUCUGAAAUAAUGAGGCUAGGUUGGGAAUGUUCCUUUUAGGGGGUUUUUUCUUGACUUUGUGAGUAACUGAGUUUAUGUGUACUCUUAGAGUCUCUUUGCAAGCUUAUCUUUUAAUCAUGUUUUUUUUUUUUUCCGUUAUGAAUGUUAUUGCGCAUGAAUUAUGAAUGAACUAUUUAAUUUGAUUUUGACAAA